AUAUUGUUAUUUACCACAGUUAAGUGUGUGGGUGUGGUGUUUUCACCCCUCUGCUCGGGGUGAAAGCUGCAUCCUCCAAGCAUCAAGGUGAAUCAGAAACAUUGUGCGGUCCAGCUCCUCUACUCUCCUCUGCCCUGCUAUCAGCUUCGGGGAUUAGGAGAACAAGAUGGAGUGUAAUUUAUGGAUGACAACGAUCCUCCUGUCCUUCUCUCUUUCACAUAAUCUGUUUCCUGAACUCUCCCAACGUCCCAACUGCAAAGACAGACCUCUGUCCAUACAGAGUGUAUCUCCCCACAGCAGAGUGUCCAUCUCCUGCCCCAACAUGACAGGAGACGAUCUGAGAUUCCACCUCUCGUUGAACCAGUCCCUCGUUCACACCACAGUGCUCAAGAGGAACCAGAAUCACACCGGAAACAACCAAUCAGACACCUGGGUCCAGUUCUACCAAGCUGAACAGAACAUGAACCACAACCUAACCAACCGCUAUGUGUUCACGGUCAAUGGAACAGGACUGUACAUCUGCAGAGCAGAGAGGCUGUGGUCACCCCCUUAUAAAGAGGACUCUGUUCACACUCUACUGAUAACAGAGAAGCAGUGUCUGAAACACCAUGAUCCACUGGCCAAACAUAGUUGUGUGGAGGAUCCUAAUCCCCUCCUUCUGUGUCUGCUGCUGGUGGGAUGUGGGGUGCUACUCCUCUACAGCACCAUCCUCACCAUCAUCGUCGUCCUCAUCUGGGUAGGUUGA